CUUCGUCAAAAACUGGUCACAUACAUCGAGGAAAAGGUUACUUUUUAGUAAUUUUAUAUGAUUUUUAGCUUCUAUGGAGUCAAGAAUAUACAUUAUCUUCGUAACUACCUUAUUGGUACAUGAUUUCGCUGUCACUUAAUUUUGAGAUUGUGGCGAGACAUUAUUUCGAGGGGUUUUAUUCUCGUGAUUUUAAUAGGCAACUUUUAAAUAAGGGUAUUAAAUUUCACGAUUUAAGAGUUCUCAACUUCAUUUUGUUUUUCAAAAUGACUCCGAACUUAUUUUUACAAUUUUAUUCUUUUUGGGGUUAUGUCAAGCAUGCCUCGAUUACAGUACUCCUUUUUUUAGGAUAAUAGUAAAAUUUACCAACCGAAUUAAGGAAACGCACCGUGAGUGAAAACAAACAAAACCGUAUGGAAAGUCGAGAUGCAUAUUCCACAAAUUCAAUUUUAGCUUGAAACCUAGUUAAGCCAUCCUCGGCACAACAUGCAGAAAGUAUUGCUAAUUCAUGAGUCGGUUUAUAGUUUGGAAAGCAGGUAGAGUACAGUAGAAUUUUACAGACCUCCAAGGGAAAAAACAUCAACAAUUCAAAACAAGCUCUGGAAAAAAAAACACAUCUGAAAAACUCUGCCUUUGCAUCAUACUUAGUACACUUCGCUGUCACUACAUGACCAAAUGCACGUGUUUUUAACUACUACAACCAAGACAACUGAAUCUUGAGGACUAUUGUACCCGCUCUUGGGAACGAUCCUUAACAAUUCAAUUCCAGGAAACUCGCUUACAGAGAUAAAAAAAAAGCGAUAAAGUUUGAAGAGGCUUGAAUUCACUUCUGGUGUAAGUAAUGUUUUCUCGUCUAGCCUUCCUGUAGCCGCACCCCUCCCCGACAAAGGAAAAACGUUUUUCCUUGGUCGGGAGGGGGAGGGGGCAGGGUGCGGCUACCCUUAUAGAACUUAUCGUCGUUUUGGUUGUUUUAUGGAGCUCCUUGAUAUGAAUACCGCAGCCGCUAUAAUAAGAGUAGAACUCAUUAAAGGGUUCCACUGCGAAAAGUUACAAUGCAGCGGACAUCAGACCACAGACAUGAAGAACCACUUUUUUUUCAUAUUCUACCGUAAAUCAAAUGACACACGCCAGUCUUGUCCGUUUUUGACUGUCCUUUUUUGGAGAAAAAUUUUGGUACAUCUGAAAACAUUGGAAACGUGAGAGCUAUCGCAAAAAAGGUAACUUUCCCGUUUAAAUUUACAUCUAUAAGUUGUUUGUUUUCUUUCUUUAAGAUGUACUUGAAGAUGAACAUGUCGAAGUACAGUUCCGCAAAAUACUCACAGGUCGAGGAUAAGGCUGAAUUUGAAGAAAACCCAGCGGGACGAGCAGCUCAAGCAAGGAAUAGGCCAAUACCACCCCCCAGAAACCUUAAAUGGACCAGUUUUCGACAGCCGAGCAAUAACCAACAGGGUGAAAUAGUGUAGACAGAAUGGAUACCUUCAAACAAGGUUUUGUCCUCAGAUAAAAUACACUAAGGGCGAAAGCAGAAAAUUUUAUUUACGCCUUAGGCUGUUUAGUUAUAAUCCAGGAUUAGAGAAUUUGAUUCCCAAUUGUGUUUACCUUCAUAUAGAUUGUUUAGAGUAUCAUAAAUAUGUCUUAACCCUGAG